AUGAGCCACAGAAGCAAUCACUCAUCCUGCGGAUCUGUCUUGGGAGCUCAUCAUUCUGGGGGACAUAACUCUUCCAGCUACCUCUCUUCAGUUCAACAUGGAAGCUCUAAAAAAUGCUACAACAAAAGUCAAAGUGGUCACUAUAAAGCUUCCAGCCAUCAUGGAGCAAGCAAAAAGCUUUCCAGCCAUUCUUCUAUUGGUCUUGAACAUGGAAGUGGAAGUGUUGGUAAUCUUAGAUCUCAUCACAAGAGUUCUAGCAGUCAUAGUCAUGGUCUACUCAGUAUCAAUGAGAAGGAAACAAUGCAGUUUCUAAAUGGACGUCUUGCAUCUUAUCUGGAGAAGGUUCAUUCACUAGAACAGGAGAAUUCUCAACUGGAGAGGAAGAUAUGCGAAUGGUAUGCAAAUAACGCCCCCAGCUCCUUGCCAGACUCCAGUCAGUACUUCAGGACAAUCCACGAGCUUCAGAAUCAGGUAAAAUAAAUAUAUACAAAUGUAACUCAUUUAGGCAUUAUACCAUUAUACGGUUAUCUUGAAGCUGGCUAUUCAUGAGAUGAUACUGCAAUAUUGAAGCAAAGUCACAUAUUAACAUUCUCUAUCUCAAUUUAUGCAAACGUAUUCUACUGUUCAAAGAUUGCAGCUCAUAUAAAAAGAAAUAUUGCAUUACCAGAAAAAAAGAAAUAUAGUCAACGUCUAGAGCUGUAAACUUGAAAUCUAUUUUUUUUGUGAAAUCGCGGCUACAUUAAAGCACUAUUUAUACUUUUUGUUGAGAAUAAUGGCAUCAUAUGUAAUUAUUUGUCUAACCAAUAUUAUGUAAAAAACAUUGAUGCUUAUAAUUAUUUAUGAAGUGCCAGCAAAUUCUGCAGUGCUGAACAAUGGGUGGACUAAUAAACAAGUAUUUGCAAGAAGAGGAGUUGGACGCACAGGAACAGAGGGUGUUGAGUGCCCUUCUCAAACAAGCCUACAUUCUAGAGAGAGUGGGGUAAAGUGGCACGAGAGGUAAGGGUAGGAUACAUUUCAUGCAUGGGAAAAAGUAGGUUGCUAGAAUAAUUUACAGUGAAGGGUUAGUUUUUGGAUUACAUAGUUGCAGGAGAAGAAGCAGGGUUACCAAGUUGCGGGAAAGGAACCUAUUAACAUUUUAAUUUAUAUGCUUUCCUAGAAAAGUUUUCAAUGAUUUUUUGAAGUAACAGAGACUGGUUGAGAGUCUAAUGGAGAAGGGAAGGGAGUUCCAUAGGAAUGGCAUGGCCCUAGAGAGGUCUUGAAGGUGGGCAUCAGAGGUGCGAGUAAGAACAGAGUAUUGACCAUGAGGGACAUUUAUUAAUUCUGGGGCAAAGUUCUAAACAAGGAGCAAUCGCCACAGAAACCAAUGGAAUAUCUUCGAACACUUUGUACCAAGUAUUUAAUCUGUUUUGCCUUGAUAAAUCUCCUUCUUUGUAUUUUGUAUUUAGAGCUGUAUUGAGUUAUUUUUCCUUCACAGGUUGCUUCUGCCUCAGUGGACAAUGCAAGAAUUGCCUUACAGAUAGAUAAUGGCCAACAAGCUGCAGAUGACUUCAGAAGCAAGUAAGUUUUUAGAACAAUUUGUAUAGAAUACAACAGAACAUUUCACUAUAUUUAAUUCCCGCUAGCAUUGAAGUGAAAAGUGUUUUAAGAUGGGCGUUAAUGUACAGUGUAUGAAUUAAUAAUUGAUAACCAAAAAUGUUUCCUGCACAUCACAUUAUCCCACAUUCCUCAGUUAAAUAGCAGAGGUUUUUAGUACUACUUUAACAACGAUUAAAGUGUAAGCUCAUCUGCCGACGAUCAGGCAAGCCUCUUUGGUUAGUCCAACACUAGCAAUUCACCUUCCAGCUUUUAGCUAAAAGGAAAAAUAUCUAAUGAGAAAGAAAAGGGUAUUCUUAUGAAUCUCUACAAACUAAAUAAUCCUUAACAGAGAAUACAUAGAGUUGGCAAUUGAAUGUAUUAACCAUUAAGUCUACUGAAUGCUUUGGAAUGUUUUACUCAUGUUUCCAUUGUGUGCUCAACUUAGGUAUGAGAUGGAGAAAAACUUAAGGUCCAAUGUAGAGGCUGACAUUGGAGCUCUGCACAAAGCCCUAGGACAGCUUAACAGUAAACUUCAAGACUUAGCGAUCCAAGUUCAAUGCCUCCAGCAAGAAAUUCUCCAGUUGAAGAACAACCACACAGAGGUAAUAUUGAUGGUGAAUUCGUUGUGAUGUGGGUAUAAGUCCCAUAAUCUUAACACAUACAGGGUAACAUACGUUGUUAUAUGUUCUAAUAAUAUUUAACAACAAAUGACAUCAUAGAUCUAUUACAAUCUGUAAUUAAAUGGAAUCAAUGAUGCCAACAUAUCAUUAUUUUAUUAAUGCACUUAGCACAUUUAGCCACAUAAGUGUGUGAAGGAUAACAACAUAAAUGCAUAAAAUGUUUUACUAGAUGCUUGGAAUACCCUGGCAGUAAAUUGAGCAAUGUCAAACUCUAUAAUUUUUUCCUGUAAUAUUCCAUAUAUGUUUCACAUAUGUCACGUGUGGAACAUAAGUCUGAGGUGUCAUAACGGGUAGAUGUCGGGCACUGGUCGGAUGUUAUCUACAAUCAUAACUUCUUUAUUUAUGCUAUGUAAUAGAAAUAGAAUUGAUCCUAUGAAAUGGGGUUACAUUAAUUAUUAGGUUUUUAAAUUUUGGCCCAAACUAUUCACAAAAACCUCGUAAAAACUCACUGACUGAAACAUUGAUUUUCAACUUUGUGUGUCGUGUAGAUGGAAACUCAAGUAUAUCACAUACCUGUGAUACUGAAGGAAUUUAAAAAUGAAAUAUAAAUCCAUCAGAAAUAAUUAAUUCACAUUUGUUAUUCUAAAAUGGGUCCCUAAUAUAAAAUUAAAUUUGUAUGAGUAAACCUAGCGGCCGUCAAGGGCCCGGGCCCAGGCGGUGGCUGGUGGAUAACCUCUAUCGGUGCUGGCCACCUUAGAAACUUCAUUACAGCCCUGUGGCACUCCUCAGUGACUCGGAACACUGUAGAUAGUACUCUUAGUCAUCAACUGAGCACUCAGACUGUAUGGGAGCUCUUAUAGUGGUCUGGAAAAAACACACACACUCACACACAACAUACAUACACAACACUUAGCCACACUCAGACUCCCCUACAGACACACAAUACUCCUCCACAUACAAAACUCAGCAUACCACAUGUAACACUCAGCCAGCACACUUAGCCCCCCACCCAUCCAGCUCUAAGCCUCAUCCGCACGCACAACACACGACCACUACACACACUCUCAAACACAACUCUUAGUCUUCUACAUACAUAUGCAACACUCAUAGAACAGAGCCCAGAGCUCUAGAAGGAGGCCUCACUAUGGCAUUUUGUCUAGAGCCUUGGGUAACCUUAAUAAUUUAUUAAAACCCAUUGUAUCUGGGUGGAUAGUUUACUAUUUUACACCACCAAACCUGGGAUAGCAGGGGGUGGGGGAAGAAUCACAUCACAAUGAAAAUCAAUAAAAAAAUUCUGCUGAUUGAUCUGUUUUUGGAAUUUCAUACUCUAUAUGUAGCCUUUAAUAAAUUUUCUUCUCACAUCUGAACAUGAUUUGUUUCAACCCAAACAUAAAGGAAGUGAAUGUGCUGCGUGCUCAGCUGGGAGCCAGAGUCAAUGUAGAAAUGAAUGCUGCUCCAUCCAUCGAUCUGAACAGCGUUUUAUCUGAGGUCAGAGAGGAAUACGAAAACCUGAUGGAGAGGAACCUCCGGGAAGUCGAGGGCAUGUUCUUGGAAAGGGUAAUGCAAAUUAUUUAAUUGUCUCACACUUCUAUACCCAUUCUACGUAAUUAAAAUCUGCUCACAACCAUUUUUGUUUUGUGUUAGAAUUCAAUUUCACUAAAAUUAAAAGUUUGAUGAAUUAUUCACCAAUGUUUGAAUUCAAAAUAAAUUUAAAUAGAAUUUCAAAUUUAAGGUCAAAUAAGCGGAACUAGAAAAAUUUUCUAAGUCAGCUAUGCUUUUAGUUUAGCUACUCUGGACCUAAAUUUUAAAUUCACUUUGACUCUCACUGUAGUAAAUAACCCUUACAGGGAAUAACCCUGUGAAUUUAUAUCCAAUUUUGUUCCUGAAGGAAAUUACACAUUUCUAGAUUUCAAAACACUAUUGAUCAUAAUCAUUGUGCCUCACAUGCUCUACUUUGCUAAAAAGACAAAAAAAAAAAAAACAUACAAAGUUUUAAAAAUGUGACUAUUACUCAAAGGAUUCCAGAUCAGUUUUAACCGUAAGAUAAGUGUAAAUCACAUCUUUUAAUGUUCCUUAUAUUAUGGGGUGGACAUAAUUUAGAGCUAUAUAAGUUACUCAAAUAAAGAGAACUGAAGAACUUCCAUUGGAUGUUUUUUUCUCCUUGCAGAGUGCAGAAUUGGACCGCGAGGUAUCUUCUGGAUCUGAACAAAUGCAGUCAGUAAAUAAUGAACUUAUUGAUCUCAAACACUCUGUACAGACCCUGGAGAUUGAGUUGCAAAGCCAAUUAAGUUUGGUAAGUAAGCUUUAAUAUACAGCACAUGUGCAAAGACAGACAGAUUGGUAGACCUACAGACAGUUAGAUGAAAAAUUGCUACACCUAGCAAUACUAUUAGCCUUAAAAUAGCCAUACAAUUAUUUUACUUUUUAAUGAUAUUUCAGGAAUUAUGGCUGCACACAAUGACAUUACGAUUUAUUUGUGGUUAUGGGUUAACCAACAGGUUUUCUGCAUGUGUUUUGCAAACUCUGCACUUACACUUAGAAAAAAAAAAAAAAACUAUGCUGAGAGUUAUGUAGUACCUCUGUAGUCAGUCUGUGAUUUGUAUUAACAAAUAUAACAGAUCUUUUUAUUUUUUUACUUUUUAUUGAAACUCCUUUUGCAAGAUACAUCUGGCAGAUAGUAAAUUGAUAGUAAAUUGAUAUGUGUUCCAUUACCACACAACCUUUCCAGUGAAAAAGUAAAAACAAAUGAAUAAUCCUCUCCUGUAGCUCCUCUGCCAAAUGUAAAUUUAAUGAGACACUAUAUUCAUCAGAACCAGUACAGUUUAAUGUACCCGUAGUUGUUCUGGAGUCUAUAGCCUGUCCCUGUCCCAUUCUUUUCAAUGUAAACACUGCCUUUUCAGAGAAACUUGCUGUUUAGUAACACCUCUAGUGGAAGUCACUCAGGCAGCCACUAAAGAUGCUUCCUAAUUCAGUUCUGCAUUAUGUGCAGCACCUACAGAAAUCCUAUGAUAUUAUGAAAUGUGUGGCUGUUCUCUGUCACAAUGUGAUUAUGAUAAAUCACAAAGUAUACAAUUUCAGGCAAAAGAUAAUUUCCUUUGUUUUGUUUUUGUUUCCAUCAUUUUAGAAAUCUGCUUUGGAAGGCACUCUAGCCGAGACAGAGGCCAAUUUUAGAUCCCAACUUUCCCAGUUACAGUGCAUCAUUGAUAAUGUAGAAUCUCAGCUAUCACAAAUACGGUCUGACCUUGAACAACAGAACCACAAGUACCAGCUCCUCAUGGACCAGAAGACCCAUCUUGAGAGGGAAAUCAGUACUUACAGACAUUUGAUGGAUGGACAUGAUAUUCAGUAUGUAAUAAAGACGUUGCUAUUUUCAUUUUUUAAGUUUCAGAAUGAAUAAUAUGAGAAGGGAAUAUAAAUACAUGCUGAAGGGGAUAUAUAACAAACAUUUUUAAUAAAUGCUCUUAUACACACAAUUGUUUGAUAAAAUGUAAAUCUUUGUUGACUAAUAUAAUACACAUGAAACAAAAUUAAUCUAAUCUCAGCCUUUCCCAUUUUUCCUUGCAGUUUCUCAGGUCACAGUUCUUCAGGAGGUAAGUAAUGAGCAUUAUUAAAAGUCUUAUAUAUGACAUUAAUUGUAAUUAUAAUAUUUCUUUGUUAUGGUAGGUAACUACUCGUGAUAUCCAUUAAAAAACGCAUCUCUGUUAUUUCUAAUUACAAUAACAUUUAAAGGGAAAAUGUAAAAUUUCAAAACAUGUUAGAUUUAAGGAACAAUCACCAUGGAAACCAAUAAAACGUGUCUUAACAUUUACCACCUUGCAACAAAAUAGCACCUGUUCAGUCUUGAUAAAACUCCCUUAAUGUCUUUAGCUAUACAACACAGUUUUUAGAUUGGAAUCAAUAAUUAUAAUAUACAUAGCCAUUAUAAUAUUUAAUAAUAUUGUUUAGGAUUUUAAAAAGAAAAUAGAUACAUGACUAAUAAAUUACAUUUAUCAGAAUGUUAAAAACUGUAAUAAAAGUCAUUUAACUAAUUCUUAUAGCUCCACCUAUUGUGUAUUUGUAAUUGGGUGAGGUGUACAAUUCUCUGCAGAGUCUUAGUUGAUGUGCUCCAUUUGAAUUGCAUUGAUUCAGACAUUCCCCUAGUGUCAAUAUAAUGAUGAAGCUAUAUUUGCAUAGUACUAAACUUAACAUUGAUGUCUCAUCUGUUUAAGGAUUUCAUCACAGCAAGUGCUAGAAGAAGUCCAGAAAGACAUCAGUCUUUGAAACACGUGGAUCUCUAGAGUAAAGAAAGAAAUAUUAUAUUGUCUACUUUUUCUGAAUCUGGGUGUUGUGUUUCUAUUAUCUUUUUUUUUUAUUUUGUUUUCUGUAGAGUGAUUAAAGCAAGUGAAAAGUCCUAUACAAAAUAUAUCCACUGCAAGAGAAAUUUGAUCUUAAAUAUACCAUGCACAGAACAAACAUUGUGUAAAAUGACUUUAAACCUCUUCAUAGUGGAACUGAGUUUUUUUUUUUUUUUUUAAACAUUUGGUUCUAUAUAAUGAAUAUAAUAUAUGAUCAACCACUCAAAAAAUAAACAUAGAGCUAGAUAGAUAGAUAGACAGACAGACAUACAGACAGGUAGAUAGAUAGAUAGAUAGAUAGAUAGAUAGAUAGAUAUAAAAAAAUGACUUUUCUUUUCCCAUGUUGGAAAUAUUUGGUAACUGUUUUCUCAUUUAUAAUUAUGUUCACUAAAUAUUCAAUUGGAAGAUGUGUACAUUGAUUGGAUUUUUUUUUGUUGAAGAAACUUUUGGACUGUAUUGUCAAAAUUCUUUCUGACUGUGGCUGUUUUUCUAACUGUCCUUUAAUCAGGAUUUUGUAAAUAAACUUUAUCUGUCUCAUGCAAACUGGACGUUUAUCUGGAUGUUUUUUAUAAGGUAACAUAAUGGAAAAAGUAAGCGUAUAUGAUGCCAUCCUAUCUUGGUUUUACUUGUAUGAUUUUAAAGGAACAUUAUACAGUCAGGAACACAAACGUCCAUGCCUGACCCUAUAGGGUUAAAACACUAUUUAGGGUGCUGGACUGACCCAGGAAGCACCUCUAGUAGCCGUCUGAGGAGUGGCCACUGGGGGUAUCCCUAGGCUGUAAUGUAAACACUGCCUUUGCUCUGAAAUUCUGUGUUUACAGCAACAAGCCUGCAGGGACUGACUAUACUCACCUGAACAAAUAUAAUAAGCUGUUGUUGUUGUGGUGACCAUAGUGUCCCUUUAACCAUUAAUAUCUAUUGAUGGAAACUGAUACAUCUUGACUACUCAGAAGAAUUCAUGAGAAACAACGAGAUGAGAACAUUGAAGGUCUGGAUUUAGUCAAUACACUUUGCAAAUGAUUUCAUAUUUUGGAUUAAUGUAAAAAUUUAAAAAAUAUUACAAUAUUUAAAUAUUUUCCAAAAUAUCAAAUUGUUCUCUAAGUUCAUUCAAAAAUAUUAAAUAAGUUAAAAAGUCUAGAAAUGAAAAAUGUGCAAACAAAGCUUGCAAAGACAAGAUGACAGUUUGUAUAAUUUAUAAAAUAUUUAACUCUGAAAUUAGAGAAUUAUUGCAAAAGUUUAAAUGCAAGAAUAGUCAGUUUUGUAACAUCAAUACAAAGAUGCUGAUAUUUAAAUGGCAGCAGUUCAAUUUUAAAUCUUCAGAACUGCCACUGAGUAAUGUUUUGCCAAAGAGCAAAUAUCUCAGUGCUACAGGAAAGAUAACGUAUGAGUGACGCAUAAUUGGCCAACAAGAAAAAAAAAAUGAAUAAUGCAUAGGCAAUCUUUAUUAAUAAAAUAUAAUUUGGUAAAUUUUCUCAAGAAAGAAUGUAUGAAUGUUGAGACGGGAGAAAAUGAUCAAUUGGCCGUAAAAAAAACCAUCGAUCAUUUGAGAGAAUAGCACAGCAAUUCUGUUCUCAAAACAUUUUCCUUUAUGAGAGAAGGAUGAAAAGGAUUGGGAAUCAGUAGCAUUAAAUUGCAUGAUUGUGAUCUGAUUUCAAGAGAUAAUAUGUAUUUUCAAGAUAUUUGUGGUGUGGCGAACUGCCUGGUACCCUAACCGGGUACCUCCGCCAAUUCAUGUUUCCUAGUAAUCACUGAGUACCAUAAUCACUGCCCCGGGACACCAUAAGCACGUCCAGCUCCUAGCCAUCGCAGCUUGGCUGGGGUCUCGCUGUCUCUGGCCACCCUGGACCCAAGUCCUGGAUACAGCUCCCAGUGGGUAGACCUGUCCUCCAGAGAGUUUAGCAGGUAUAGCAAGUAUAGUUGUUCCCCCACACAUGAGCCGAGGAUUUAUGCUAGGAAGUAGUCUGUUUAAUGCAGGCAAACAUUCACAAUUUAUACACACAGCCUCAUUUACAUACAAUAGGAUACAUAGAGCACUAUAGUACAAGGAAGCGUGGGGUCAGACAAUAACAAGGGCUGAUGGAAGAUUAAAGAGGGACAAAGCAGCUACUUUAAACUGGUCUGGUAGUGUCUCUAGGACAAUGCCCUGCUAGGGAAAUAAUAAGACAGGAAUAAGGGGGAGGAUGAGAGGCACAUACAAGCAAUACAUUCAACAUACUCCUCCCCUGUGCCUGAAGGAUAAUUGAGUCAAGAACUGUACAAACUCAAUUAUCUCCAGGUACAGAAAAACACACAAUUUCACAACACCCCAAAAGUACCCUGAAAAUCCAUGGAAACCCAUUAAGAGCCAUCCCCGGAUAGCCCUGAUCUGAGUGACAAAAAUCACUCCGAUCGAUGCAGUGGUUAGGAUUUUCUAUGGAAGUCAACUUUUAAAAUGUUUUUUUUGCCCAUAGUCUUUGGGCAGGAGGCUAGCCAGCAGGCCCCUUCAGGAACACGUGACAGAGGCAUCUUUUCCAAAUAUGGUAUUAUAUAUUUACAAGAACUUAUAUGUAUAUAUAAGAGUCAAAUCAGUCAAAACAGUCAUUAGACUGAACUCAUAGAUUGUAACCAAAUUUAAGCAGGUCCUUAACUUCUCAAACAUCCCCAUUAAAUUUUUUUAAAAUGUUGUGAAUGUGUUGUAACGGAUCCCCUAUACUACGACUGAGUAUAUCCGUUGAAGAGUCUCCCGGGUCCCAAAGUGAAGCAGUGAUUAUAACUCUGUGUUACCCAAACAUCAGCCAAGACUUGAUGGGUACAAAUGAACUCCUUUAUUAUGGCCAAGUUGCCUGCUUAUAUACACAACACCCAGCAGGGGGUCUCCACACAAUACAAUGCAAGCCCCUCCCAAAGAUCUCUGUACCUGGGACAUAAUUGCGUUAAAGACCGGUAAGCUAAUUAACUCCCAGGAACAGAGAGGCAAACAGAAAAACAUAAAAAUACCCAAAACAUCAUACAAAUAUACAAUAACCCCACUAAUAACAUCAUAAAAAUAUAAAAUAUAUAAAAAAAAAAAAAAAAAUGUACAAUAACCCCAAAUAGCACUGAUCUGAAUGACCAAGUUCUCCAAGUAGCGCUCAGAUCCAUGCAGUGUAGGGGAAAUGCCACCAAGUUAAACUUCUGAUCUGCCGAACACGUGGUCCUAUGCCAAAAAUAGUUUCAGGGCAUUUGGUGCUUUUGCCGAUCAACUUUCAGGAGCUCCUGCUUCCGAAAAAAUGGUUGUUUCGCCUGGUUCUAAGGUAGCAUUUGCGCCCCUUAGUCUCAGGCACUUUCCCUCCAAAAAGUGCUCUCCUGGUGGGUUGCAAAGUCGUUCAAAACCCCGGAUCCAGUUGUCCGGGAACCACAAGGUUACCUCAUGCCGAAAACAAUUCCAUGACAUUCGUGACUAAGUAACGCUACGGUGACCGGGGACCCACAAUGUCAUCAUGCUGCAUUUAGCUCCAUAACAAUCAUGGCUAAGUACUGCUGAGGACAAUUUGUGGGUUUCUUCAUGCGAACGGCCACCAGGGAGCUAGUGGUUGGUUCCAUUUGAAUGAAGGGAAAGUGCUGAACCAAGGGCACCCAGGGAAAGCUGCUAAUGGUGGCUGGGGAAGUAAACCCCUGAACGGGGUCUCCAAAGUGGACCACAGUUGGUGGCCUGGAGGCCAGCUUCCACACUCCUCCAGGAGUUUAUGGCCAACGUCCAUGGUAAAGAGCGUUUGCCACAUAUGUUAACACUAUAUAAAUAGUAAUAAUAACUGUACUUAAGCUUUUUCCAUUAGUAAAAAUUCAUAUUUUUAUUCCGCCAAUUUUAGAGGUACUUUUAUUCAUUAAUUCCAACAUCCUGUAGUGGACAAUCUUACCAAACUAUGGAAAAUGGAAAGAGAGAAUGUGAGAGAUAAACAUAACCAAUUAGAUAAUUUAACUAGACACUAGGUGCAGUUAUGGUUCUGAAUACACUGAACUGCCAGAGUGAGGCCCUGUGAAAAUUACAUGAUGAGCCUUCAUAUAUGAAACUUUCUAAAAAUCCAACUACAUGUUUUCUCUGCUGUAGAUGACAACAGAAGAUGAGAUUGCAAGGUGGUCUUUAUGUAAGACAUUGCUUCCCAGUAAUCCUGUUUUUCAUAUUUUACUCAAAAUCCAUAAAAAUCAAGUCCUUUAACCUGAAAAGAUGACUGUUUUGAAUGACAUUACGGAAGAUGCAUCCUUCAUACCUUCAUACAUGUCAGAGCUGGGUAAAGGUAGGUACUUCUUAUAUACCUGAGGUGUGUUUGAUAAUCCCUUGGCACUGAACUGAUGUAACUGACAUUAUAAUGCCAAGAGGACUAAGCAUUUCAACUGAGAUGUGGGUGACCUUUUAUAUAAAAGGAUUUGGGCAUGAAACCACAGGACCACCGGAGAAGUUGGAAUUAUUGGUCAUGCUUACACUCUAUGCUUAAAAUAAGAUAGGUCAGACAUUGGUGGUCUCCACAAAGCCUUGGAACAACUGAACAACAAACUUCAAGAUUUAGCAAAACAAGUUUACUGACUCCAGCAAGACAUUUUCCAUCUGAGGAGGAAACACACAGAGGUACCAGAACCCUGGAUAUUAUUUUUCAUUAUGGUUUCAUAUAGUAGAAAACAAAAUCUCAAAGUCAAACUGUUGAUAUUAUUGAUGCAGUCCAAUGCCCAGGGCAGGAUUUACAUGGCAGGUGUCUGUAGGCACACAAUCCUUGAGUGCCCCCUGCUCCCUAACUCCAAAAUAAGGUAGAUUAAGAAUAAUGAAUUUAUUAACAGGGCAUUGCAGACCUAAAAACAUAUUGAUAUAUGGCAACUACGUAUGCAUAAAUGUAUGUAUGUGCAUAUCUUUUGCUCUGCUUGUAAUUAAUUGUACUUGAAUGGGUGAGUAUAGAGAGUGUACACACCUGUGUAAAUGCAUUGCAGAGUUAAAGUAACCUUAGAAAUGGUUAGGGUAAAAUGGGAUUUAAAGUCACAGAGGGGUUAAUGUCAGAAUUAGAUUAUAUAGGGUGUUUAGUGUUAAGAAGAUUAACAGCUUGAGAGGAGUUAAAGUUGUAGUAUAAAGGCUAUGUAGGAUUAUUGAGUUCAGGACAAGACUUGGGUUACAUUUAGUACUGGAGUGCAUUAUGCAUCAGGUUUUUAAGAGGAGUUAAACAUAGGAUUAACGUAAAUGGUUUGUUUUCAGGUUUAUGCUGUGAGUGCUGGAGUUUAAAUGGUUAUUUACAAAGUGCUCACCCUCCCAUGUCUUCUGUAAACCAAUCAGGUUGAUGAUAUUAGUGCUGCAGGAGCUGUUAUACAGUGUGUAUCACUCAGAGCUUCCAUUGCUCCUCCAGCAAGGCAUUUACUGUGUAAGAGGAUGUUAGUGGGCAGAUAAGAUGUGAUCCCUUCUUCUUCCUGUCCAGCUUCACUUCUUCUUCCUGUCCAGCUUCACGCACAGACAAUGGAGAUGCUGGGAGAGCACUGUGUUUUACACCCUCUAUAACUAUUUCUGCAGCUCUGCUAUUAAGGUUGACUGGACUACAGAGGAUACUGGCCAAAGCUUCUGGUACUUAUUUCCAAACUAGCCUAUUUAAAGGGACACUAUAGUCACUAAAACAAUUGGUGUAUAGAUCAUGCCUCUGAAGUCUCUCUGACUAUUAAUCAGAUUUGAAUUGUUAAUUGUAACUAAAGAAUUCUAGACAACUGAUGAGUUCCUUAAUAUUUAAAGGACCACUAUAGUGCCAGGAAAACAUACUCAUUUUCCUGGCACUAUAGUGCCCUGAGAGUGCCCCCACCCUCAGGGACCCCCUCCCGCCCGGCUCUGGAAGGGGUAAAAACUUACCUUUUUCCAGCGCUGGGCGGAGAGCUCUCCUCCUCCGAUCCUCCUCUUCUCCUCCCCGUCGGCUGAAUGCGCACGCGCGGCAAGAGCUGCGCGCGCAUUCAGCCGGUCACAUAGGAAAGCAUUCAUAAUGCUUUCCUAUGGACGCUGGCGUGCUCUCACUGUGAAAAUCACAGUGAGAAGCACGCAAGCGCCUCUAGCGGCUGUCAAUGAGACAGCCGCUAGAGGAAAUAGGGGAAGGCUUAACCCAUUCAUAAACAUAGCAGUUUCUCUGAAACUGCUAUGUUUAUGAAAAAAUGGGUUAACCCUAGCUGACCUGGCACCCAGACCACUUCAUUAAGCUGAAGUGGUCUGGGUGCCUAGAGUGGUCCUUUAAUUGGACUAUUGUUCUGUCUUUGUAGAGAUCAAGACUGGAAGGGAUUUUGAAUGAAAUGCAGGUUACCCUUGGUUACCGGUUCUCUCAGUUACAGUGCCUCAUUGAUAUCAUGGAAGCUUAAUUGGCACACAUCAAGUCCGACCUAGAACAUAACUCUGACUACCAACGUCUUAUGGACCAGAAAACCCAUCUGGAAAGGGAAAUAAGCAACUACAGACUACUGGAUGGACACAAAAUUCAGUGAGUAGAAAAUAUUUUGUCACAUUGAAUGCUUAUACUGAUUUUGUUAUUUAAAUAUAUAAGAAUGUUCAAUGUGAGUGUAUGUGACAAUAUCAUGUGAAUGUUUUUUUAUCUAAAGCAAUUGGAAUAUUUCACUAAAAAUAUACAUGUUGCAGCACAGCUAUAAUUUAUUAAUUAGGAAAAUUAAUUUUGGGUUUGAAGAUUCAUUAUGAAGGAAUGUAUUUGUGAUUAAGUUUCAGAAGAUGGGGAAAAUAUAGUAAUAGUACGACCAGAGGUUAGACGUAGGUCUCCGGCAGAGCGUAGGAGCGUAGACGGGACAUAUUUGUGUAUUAGUGAGGAUAAAUAGGUCGGAUUAGCAUUGUGUAAAGAUUUGUAAGCAAGUAUCAGGGUAUUUAAAACUCAAUUUAUUGCAAGCAAUGCUUAAAAGAAGUAUGUAUCUAUAUAUAUAGUAGUUAAAGGGUGUGGUGAUCCUCUGAUGUCCGUUUUUAAUUCAACUAAUAUAACUAUACUUGCUUCUGCUCCAAGCUUUUAUACUAACCCAUAAAUUAAGUUUUAUGCCAAACACUCACUUUUAAGGAGGACACAAAUCAAUUUGAAUGGGAGUCUGAUGCCUAUAAAUUACUUAUAAAAUGACCUCAUAACAUCUAACUUGAAUCAUAUAUAAGAUGGGCAAAGUCAAGAAGACACUAGUUCAGCUGAAGAACAGUAAGCAAUUUCCAUUCUAAGUGUGUCAGAAAGAAGUCGUGUGAUCAACAUGAGCCACAGAAGCAAUCACUCAUCCUGCGGAUCUGUCUUGGGAGCUCAUCAUUCUGGGGGACAUAACUCUUCCAGCUACCUCUCUUCAGUUCAACAUGGAAGCUCUAAAAAAUGCUACAACAAAAGUCAAAGUGGUCACUAUAAAGCUUCCAGCCAUCAUGGAGCAAGCAAGAAGCUUUCCAGCCAUUCUUCUAUUGGUCUUGAACAUGGAAGUGGAAGUGUUGGUAAUCUUAGAUCUCAUCACAAGAGUUCUAGCAGUCAUAGUCAUGGUCUACUCAGUAUCAAUGAGAAGGAAACAAUGCAGUUUCUAAAUGGACGUCUUGCAUCUUAUCUGGAGAAGGUUCAUUCACUAGAACAGGAGAAUUCUCAACUGGAGAGGAAGAUAUGCGAAUGGUAUGCAAAUAACGCCCCCAGCUCCUUGCCAGACUCCAGUCAGUACUUCAGGACAAUCCAUGAGCUUCAGAAUCAGGUAAAAUAAAUAUAUACAAAUGUAACUCAUUUAGGCAUUAUACCAUUAUACGGUUAUCUUGAAGCUGGCUAUUCAUGAGAUGAUACUGCAAUAUUGAAGCAAAGUCACAUAUUAACAUUCUCUAUCUCAAUUUAUGCAAACGUAUUCUACUGUUCAAAGAUUGCAGCUCAUAUAAAAAUAAAUAUUGCAUUACCAGAAAAAAAGAAAUAUAGUCAACGUCUAGAGCUGUAAACUUGAAAUCUAUUUUUUUUGUGAAAUCGCGGCUACAUUAAAGCACUGUUUAUACUUUUUGUUGAGAAUAAUGGCAUCAUAUGUAAUUAUUUGUCUAACCAAUAUUAUGUAAAAAACAUUGAUGCUUAUAAUUAUUUAUGAAGUGCCAGCAAAUUCUGCAGUGCUGAACAAUGGGUGGACUAAUAAACAAGUAUUUGCAAGAAGAGGAGUUGGACGCACAGGAACAGAGGGUGUUGAGUGCCCUUCUCAAACAAGCCUACAUUCUAGAGAGAGUGGGGUAAAGUGGCACGAGAGGUAAGGGUAGGAUACAUUUCAUGCAUGGGAAAAAGUAGGUUGCUAGAAUAAUUUACAGUGAAGGGUUAGUUUUUGGAUUACAUAGUUGCAGGAGAAGAAGCAGGGUUACCAAGUUGCGGGAAAGGAACCUAUUAACAUUUUAAUUUAUAUGCUUUCCUAGAAAAGUUUUCAAUGAUUUUUUGAAGUAACAGAGACUGGUUGAGAGUCUAAUGGAGAAGGGAAGGGAGUUCCAUAGGAAUGGCAUGGCCCUAGAGAGGUCUUGAAGGUGGGCAUCAGAGGUGCGAGUAAGAACAGAGUAUUGACCAUGAGGGACAUUUAUUAAUUCUGGGGCAAAGUUCUAAACAAGGAGCAAUCGCCACAGAAACCAAUGGAAUAUCUUCAAGCACUUUUACCAAGUAUUUAAUCUGUUUUGCCUUGAUAAAUCUCCUUCUUUGUAUUUUGUAUUUAGAGCUGUAUUGAGUUGUUUUUCCUUCACAGGUUGCUUCUGCCUCAGUGGACAAUGCAAGAAUUGCCUUACAGAUAGAUAAUGGCCAACAAGCUGCAGGUGACUUCAGAAGCAAGUAAGUUUUUAGAACAAUUUGUAUAGAAUACUACAGAACAUUUCACUAUAUUUAAUUCCCGCUAGCAUUGAAGUGAAAAGCGUUUGAAAAUGGGCCUCAAUUUACAGUGUAUGAAUUAAUAACCGAUAACCAAAAAAGUUUCCUGCACAUCACAUUAUCUCACAUUCCUCAGUUAAAUAGCAGAGGUUUUUAGUACUACUUUAAUGACGAAUAAAGUGUAAGCUCAUCUGCCGACGAUCAGGCAAGCCUCUUUGGUUUGUCUAACACUAGCAAUUCACCUUGCAGCUUUUAGCUUAAGGGAUGAAUAUCUAAUGAGAAAGAAAGGGUAUUCUUAUGAGUCUCUACAAACUAAAUAAUCCUUAACGGAGAAUACACAGAGUUGGCAAUUUAAUAUAUUAACCAUUAAGUCUACUGAAUGCUUUGGAAUGUUUUACUUAUGUUUCCAUGGUGUUCUCAACUUAGGUAUGAGAUGGAGAAAAACUUAAGGUCCAAUGUAGAGGCUGACAUUGGAGCUCUGCACAAAGCCCUAGGACAGCUUAACAAUGAACUUCAAGACUUAGCGAUCCAAGUUCAAUGCCUCCAGCAAGAAAUUCUCCAGUUGAAGAACAACCACACAGAGGUAAUAUUGAUGGUGAAUUCGUUGUGAUGUGGGUAUAAUUCCCAUAAUGUUAACACAUACAGGGUAACAUAUGUUGUUAUAUGUUCUAAUAAUAUUUAAAAACAAAUGAAAUCAUAGAUAUAUUACAAUCUGUAAUUAAAUGGAAUCAAUGAUGCCAACAUAUCAUUAAAUUAUUUUAUUAACGCACUUAGCACAUUUAGCCACAUAAGUGUGUGAAGCGUAACAACAUAAAUGCACAAAAUGUUUUACUAGAUGCUUGGAAUACCCUGGCAGUAAAUGGAGCAAUGUCAAACUCUAUAAUUUUUUCCUGUAAUAUUCCAAAUAUGUUUCACAUAUGUCACGUGUGGAACAUAAGUCUGAGGUUUCAUAAUGGGUAGAUGUCGAGCACUGGUCGGAUGUUAUCUACAAUCAUAACUUCUUUAUUUAUGCUAUGUAAUACAAAUAGAAUUGAUCCUAUGAAAUGGGGUUACAUUAAAUAUUAGGUUUUUAAACUUUGGCCAAAACUAUUCACAAUUACUGAACCUCGUAAAAACUCACUGACUGAAACAUUGAUUUUCAACUUUGUGUGCCGUGUAGAUGGAAACUCAAGUAUAUCACAUACCUGUGAUACUGAAGGAAUUAAAAAUGAAAUAUAAAUCCAUCAGAAAUAAUGAAUUCACAUCUGUUAUUCUAAAUGGGUCACUAAUAUAAAAUUGAAUUUGUAUGAGUAAACCUAGCAGCCGUCAAGGGCCCGGGCCCAGGCGGUGGCUGGUGGAUAACCUCUAUCGGUGCUGGCCAUCUUAGAAACUUCAUCACAGCACUGUGGCACUCCUCAAUGACUUGGAGCACUGUAGAUAGUACUCUUAGUCAUCAACUGAGCAUGCAAACUGUAUGGGAGCUCUUAUAGUGGUCUGGAAAAAACACACACACUCACACACACUCACACACAACAUACAUACACAACACUUAGCCACACUCAGACUCCCCUUCACACACACAAUACUCCUCCACAUACAAAAUUCAGCAUAACACAUGUAACACUCAACCAGCACACUUAGCCCCACCCCCCUCAUCCAGCUCUAAGCCUCAUCCGCACGCACAACACACGACCACUACACACACUAUCAAACACAACACUUAGUCUUCUACAUACAUAUGCAACACUCAUAGAACAGAGCCCAGAGCUCUAGAAGGAGGCCUCACCAUGGCAUUUUGUCAAGAGCCCUGUGUAACCUUAAUAAUUUAUUAAAACCCAUUGCAUCUGGGUGGAUAGUUUACUAUUUUACACCACCAAACCUGGGAUAGCAGGGGGUGGGGGAAGAAUCACAUCACAAUGAAAAUCAAUAAAAAAAAUUCUUAUUUGAUUAUUUUUCACCCCAACAUAAAGGAAGUGAAUGGGCUGCGUGCUCAGCUUGGAGCCAGAGUCAAUGUAGAAAUUAAUGCUGCUCCAUCCAUCGACCUGAACAGCGUUUUAUCUGAGGUCAGAGAGGAAUACGAAAACCUGAUGGAGAGGAACCUCCGGGAAGUCGAGGGCAUGUUCUUGGAAAGGGUAAUGCAAAUUAUUUAAUUGUCUCACACUUCUAUACCCAUUCUUGGUAAUUAAAAUCUGCUCACCACCAUUUGUGUUUUGUGUUACUGGAAUACAGCUGUCUUACUCAGUUGCAAAGAAAAAAGUUAGUUAUUCUCUAAACUCAAAAUAUCAUCAACUUAAAUCUAAAAAAGUACGUAAAAAUAGCUGAUUUGGAAAAACUCUUGAGCUCAGUAAUUUCACAGUUUGCCUUUUUUUUGCCAUUAGGAUUCAAUUUCCCUAAAAUUAAAAGUUUAAAGAAUUAUUCACUAAUGUGUGAAUUCAAAGUAAAUUUAAAGUAAAUUUCAAAUUUAAGGUCAAAUAAGCCAAACUAGAAACAUUUUCUAAGUCAGCUAUGCUUUUAGUUUAGCUACUCUAGACCUAAAUUUGAAAUUCACUUUGACUCUCACUACAGUAAAUAACCCUUAUAGGGAACCAAGUGAAUUUAUAUGCAAGUUGUUCCUGAAUGAAAUUACACAUUUCUAGAUUCCAAAACACUAUUGAUCAUAAUCAUGGUGCCUCACAUGCUCUACUUUGCUAAAAAGACAAAAAAAAAGGAAAAAAGAAAGAAAAUAAGCAUACAAAGUUUUAAAAAUGUGACUAUUACUCAACGGAUUCCAGAUCAGUUUUAAACAUAAGUGUAAAUCACAUAUUUUAAUGUUCCUUAUGGGGUGGAUAUAAUUUGGAGCUAUAUAAGUUACUCAAAUAAAGAGAACUGAAGAACUUCCAUUGGAUGUUUUAUUCUCCUUGCAGAGUGCAGUAUUGGACCGCGAGGUAUCUUCUGGAUCUGAACAAAUGCAGUCAGUAAAUAAUGAACUUAUUGAUCUCAAACACUCUGUACAGACCCUGGAGAUUGAGUUGCAAAGCCAAUUAAGUUUGGUAAGUAAGCUUUAAUAUACAGCACAUGUGCAAAAACAGACAGAUUGGUAGACCUACAGACAGUUAGAUGAAAAAUUGCUACACCUAGCAAUACUAUUAGCCUUAAAAUAGCCAUAAAAUUAUUUUACUUUUUAAUGAUAUUUCAGGAAUUAUGGCUGCACACAAUGACAUUACGAUUUAUUUGUGGUUAUGGGUUAACCAACAUGUUUUCUCCAUGUGUUCUACAAACUCUGCACUUACACUUAGAAAAAAAAAACUAUGCUGAGAGUCGUGUAGUACCUCUGUAGUCAGUCUGUGAUUUGUAUUAACAAAUAUAACAGAUCUUUUAAUUUUUUUACUUUUUAUUGAAACUCCUUUUGCAAGAUACAUGUGGCAGAUAGUAAAUUGAUAGUAAAUUGAUAUGUGUUCCAUUACCACACAACCUUUCCAGUGAAAAAGUAAAAACAAAUGAAUAAUCCUCUCCUGUAGCUCCUCUGCCAAAUGUAAAUUUAACGAGUGUCUCAUCAGAACCAGUACAGUUUAAUGUACCGGUCGUUGUUCUGGAGUCUAUAGCCUGUCCCUGCAUUCUUUUCAAUAUAAACACUGCCUUUUCAGAGAAACUUGCUGCUUAGUAACACCUCUAGUGGAAGUCACUCAGGCAGCCACUAAAGAUGCUUCCUAAUUCAGUUCUGCAUUAUGUGCAGCACCUACAGAAAUCCUAUGAUAUUAUGAAAUGUGUGGCUGUUCUCUGUCACAAUGUGAUUAUGAUAAAUCACAAAGUAUACAAUUUCAGGCAAAAGAUAAUUUCCUUUGUUUUGUUUUUGUUUCCAUCAUUUUAGAAAUCUGCUUUGGAAGGCACUCUAGCCGAGACAGAGGCCAAUUUUAGAUCCCAACUUUCCCAGUUACAGUGCCUCAUUGAUAAUGUAGAAUCUCAGCUAUCACAAAUCCGGUCUGACCUUGAACAACAGAACCACAAGUACCAGCUCCUCAUGGACCAGAAGACCCAUCUUGAGAGGGAAAUCAGUACUUACAGACAUUUGAUGGAUGGACAUGAUAUUCAGUAUGUAAUAAAGACAUUGCCAUUUUUAUUUUUUAAGUUUCAGAAUGUAUAAUAUGAGAAGGGAAUAUAAAUACGUGCUGAAGGGGAUAUAUAACAAACAUUUUUAAAAUGUAAAUAUUUGUUGACUAAUAUAAUACACAUGAAACAAAAUUAAUCUAAUCUCAGCCUUUCCCAAUUUUCCUUGCAGUUUCUCAGGUCACAGUUCUUCAGGAGGUAAGUAAUGAGCAUUAUUAAAAGUCUUAUAUAUGACAUUAAUUGUAAUUAUAAUAUUUCUUUGUUAUGAUGGCUAACUACUCAUGAUAUCCGUUAAAAAACACAACUUUGUUAUUUCUUAUUAUAAUAACAUUUACAGGGAAAAUGUAUAAUUUCAAAACAUGUUAGAUUUAAGGAACAAUUACCAUGGAAACCAAUAAAAUGUGUCUUAACAUUUACCACCUUGCAACAAAAUAGCACCUGUUUAGUCUUGAUAAAACUCCCGUAAUGUGUUUAGCUAUACAACACAGUUUUUAGAUUGAAAUCAAUAAUUAUGAUAUACAUACGCCAUUAUAAUAUUUAAUAAUAUUGUUUAGAAUUUUAAAAAGAAAAUAGAUGCAUGACUAAUAAAUUACAUUUAUCAGAAUGUUAAAAACUGUAAUAAAAGUCAAUUAACUAAUUCUUAUAGCUCCACCUAUUGUGUAUUUGUAAUUGGGUGAGGUGUACAAUUCUCUACAGAGUCUCCGUUUAAAUUGCAUUGAUUCAGACAUUCUCUAGUGUCAAUAUAAUGAUGAAGCUAUAUGUGUAUAGUACUAAACUUAACAUUGAUGUCUCUUUUGUUUAAGGAUUUCAUCACAGCAAGUGCUAG